AGGACGUUAAGGAGGAGCUCCCUUUAAAGCAGGAGCUGCUGCUUUAUAAUCCAUUGCCAGACGUUUGGAUGUAGGAUCUGCAUUCAGGACCACUAUGUUAAGAGACAGUUGCAGUCGUUUGAUCUCAGCUUUCUUCACGCCUGUCUCCUUGCUUUGCACUGCAAGUCUCUUGACCACAGAAUUGAGAUGUGUGCGAGGGAUGCAGGUGACAUCCACAAGUCCGCAGACCAUCCAGAAGGCAGAGGGAGAGAGCGUGACUUUGGGCUGCAGUUACACACCAAGCCCUUCUGACACCGGAGAACUUGACAUAGAAUGGACUGCGGUCAGUCCAGACUCCACGCAGACAGAUCAGAUGCUCAUGUCAUACACCAGCGGAACUACACACAUUCAUGGUAACCACGCUCCUGCAAAAGGGCUAAGCUUUGCUGCUACUGACCCCUCACUGGGUGACGCUUCCAUCUCAAUCGCUGUGCUGUCGCCUGCUCAUAGUGCUACCUACCAGUGUAAAGUGAGGAAACCCCCUGGAGUAGACUCGAGCAAGGUGUCACUGGUGGUAUUGGUGAACCCCUCUGUGCCUGAGUGCUGGGUGGAAGGAGCGGAGCUGGUCGGAGAGGCUGUGUCUCUGUGCUGCAAGUCUGAAAAAGGCUCCACUCCCUUAAAAUACUCGUGGAGGAGAGAAGGUGCAGGCCCAUCCCCUGCUGCAUCCACACAGAACAGCAUGACUGGGGAGCUGAGAAUCACCAAUCACUCGCAGAGCGUGGCAGGAUUCUACCUUUGUGAGGUUAACAAUGCUGUUGGAGCUGAACACUGCAGGAUCAACCUGAAAGCAAAGAAACCCCCAAACAGAGCGGCAGUUAUAGUCGGCACUGUUGUGGGUUCUCUGCUCCUCAUCUUCAUCCUGCUGGUCUUCAUCGGGAUCCUAUAUUGGAAGUUGAGCAACAGACAUCGCUUCGAGGAGGAGUUCUCCAAUGACAUCAGGUGCUGAACAGUACAGCAGGGACAGCAGGGCACAGUUACAGGUGGUGGCAGCUUGACGGUUAGAGAUGUAAG